CCACCCGCAUAGGAGGAAAAGACCUCAAUCACGAAGCCAGCCUCGCAACACCCGGCCCUCCUCCACUCCCUCAACAACGAUGGCGUCCCUAUCGACCGCUUCGCGCCUGUGCCUGCGCUCGGCCGCCGCCGUCAACCCGGCCGCCGUGCGCGCCGCCGCCCUGAGCACCACGGCCAUGCGACCGGCCGGUGGCGCUGCGAGCGCCUCGUACACGAGCCCUUUCAAGGGCAACGAAUCCAAGGGCAACAAGAUCCCCGACUUUGGAAAGUACAUGUCCAAGAACAGCGAGGGCUCCAACAAGCUCUUCUCGUACUUCAUGGUCGGCGCCAUGGGCGCCAUGACCGCCGCUGGCGCCAAGAGCACCGUUCAGGAGUUCCUGGUCAACAUGUCCGCGUCUGCCGACGUUCUGGCCAUGGCCAAGGUUGAGGUCGACCUCAAUGCCAUUCCCGAGGGCAAGAACGUCAUUAUCAAGUGGCGAGGCAAGCCCGUCUUCAUCCGACACCGCACCCAGGACGAGAUCGACCAGGCCAACAAGGUCAACAUCUCCUCCCUCCGUGACCCCCAGUCCGAUGACGACCGCGUCAAGAAGCCCGAGUGGCUGGUCAUGCUGGGCGUCUGCACGCAUCUCGGCUGUGUCCCCAUCGGUGAGGCCGGCGACUAUGGUGGCUGGUUCUGCCCUUGCCACGGUUCUCACUACGACAUCUCCGGCCGGAUAAGAAAGGGACCUGCCCCGCUCAACCUCGAGAUCCCCGAGUACGACUUCCCGGAGGACGGCAAGCUGGUCGUCGGUUAAAGCGUGAACGGGAAUUGUAUCUCUGAGUCUGUACGAAUACUCAACGGGGAGACAAAGGGAAAGGGGAGGGGCCUUUACAUCGAUUCGACGAGAAGAUAGAUUCAUCGAGGAAGGCUAUGAGCGGGUCACGGGGCCAGGGAAAGAGGACGGAAAGGUGCCGCGUCCUCGGUGGACGCCACUCCUGUUGCCUUAGAUGUGGAAUACGCGGCUUGUAUAAAAAAUACAACGUUCUACCAAACACCACGAGGGCGGAGCAGUUUCUUUUGUCAAGCAAUAUACAUACUCACAACUGUUAACCCGUGUGUUUGCCUCGCCGCUGUGAAAAAUGUGGCGCUGAUGGGCAUAAAUGGUCGGAAUUAAUAAACAUAGGCCGCCAACAGACACGAAUUGAUACAGAGUUCUGACCUCUCGUUUGCACCAGUUCUAUGUAGGUAGUUACAUCUAUUACCCGGCAUACAACCCCAGCCCACGAUUCACGCACGACCGGCUUAAUGGCCAUGUCCGUCAUCCUCCCUUU